CAGCUGUGGCACUGUCAAAACCUGACGACGGCUGAUGUGUGUGCGUAGCUGCUGCAUAUUAUUUACUCAUCGCUUGCGAGAAGUUUGGACACGGAUUGAAAUUUAGGGAAAAUCUUUGUCCCCACCGCACCAGCAGGACAAUCCAAACCAGGAGGAGAAGCAAGUGUAGCACAGGAUUGAUGACAACAACCCGUUCGCCAUGGGAAUGAACGUGAGCAGACAUGACGAUUUGUCCGAGAACGAGUAUCUGAAGCGAUUUGUUGGCAAGGAGCAUAUUCCGGCGUACAACGACGAGUUCUGGAACAGUUUCCUGCAGUAUCACAUCAAUCUGCCGACAAAUAGCCAAGAACAGUUAAGUUUGGACUCAAGGCUGGAGGCUCUUUGCCAGAGCUUCAUCAGCCACAAUCUUUCGACCGGAAACUUUGGUUCCCUGAUAAAUGUAUAUCUGGUGAAGGUUUCCGAACUGUUGGCCUUAUCCGAUGCAGAGAGCACCGUUCACAUCUGGCAGGCAUUUAAUGCCCUCUUCAUAAUUCGUUGCUUGAUAAAAUACAUGAUCGAAACGGGAUCGGAGUAUCAGUUACUACAGCACUUCGAAGCAUUGCCGAUCCAGGAAAGUCAGAGACAACAGGAAGGUGGUACGACACAGGCAGGAACCAGUGGCGAAGUAGCGGUCAACAUUGAUCCCAAGGUUAUAGCCGACAAUAAGGCAGCAGUGGCCAAAUUGGUCGAUGGAACCAAGUUCGAGACGUUCCUGGAAGCAUUGGUGAACAUCAUCGUUGUGAUACCGGUUAAAGAAUUUACAUACCAUCUUCACUUGGAAGCCGUGAACUGCUUGAUUGUGUUGUUGUCAGUUAGCCAAUUUUCCCAACAGAGGACCGACAAAUCUACCAUCUUCAAGACUAUCUACAAAUGCCAACAUGCUAACACGCUGAUGAGUGCCCUGCUGCACUUUCUCAGCCGUAUGACUCAAGUUCCUUCGACAAUGUUCGGCUUCGGAACCGGGGGUUCUUUCGUAUUCGGCAUUGCUGAAUCGUUGUGGUCUAUUCUAACAUUCGCUCGAAAACAACCAGAUAUCCUAUCGACGCACGAUUUACCUUCGGCGUUCAAAGACCACUAUCCACUGGCGAAUCAGAGUUUACUGUUGAUGCUGAUCCUAACGAAUCACUACACCACCAAGGACAACCCGUACCGAGUCAGUUUGUUCGGGUGCUCCGAUUCGCAAGCAGAUUCAUCGAAAGACGACGCCGCCACGUUCAAGAUCGAUUUUUCUUCCCUGUACAACACUCUAUGCCGGAUUGUGACCAUCGACCAAGCCACACUGCUGCUGUAUCUGCUGUUGCACCGGAACCAAAGGUUCUACAAGUACGUGAUGGCCCAGCCGAAUUUACAGCAACUGGUCAUUCCGAUUCUACAAACCCUCUACAAUGCUCCAGACAGUACUUCGCAUCAUAUUUAUAUGUCUCUGAUCGUGCUACUUAUCUUAAGUGAGGAUGACAAUUUCAACAAGAGCGUUCAUCAAAUUAUCCUAAAAAACAUUACCUGGUACACGGAGCGAUCCAUCAGUGAGAUAUCGCUCGGCGGCCUACUCAUUCUCGUGGUUAUUCGUACCAUUCAGUACAAUAUGCUGAAAAUGCGGGACAAAUAUCUGCACACCAAUUGUCUGGCAGCACUGGCCAACAUGUCCGGCCAGUUCCGAUCGUUACACCCCUACGUAGCGCAACGAUUAGUUAGUCUUUUUGAAACCCUCGCCAAAAAGCAUGCUCGCCUAGAUCAGCAACUGAAGCAGUCAGUCAAUGGGGAAGCCGCUGUUGUCGACGUGUCUGCCUCCAUGUCAGCGCCCAGUUCCGAUGAUAUGUUACAGGAUUUGUCGGUGUUGGAAGAAGUGCUGAGGAUGGUGCUGGAAAUUCUCAACUCCUGUUUGUCACACCAGCUGGUUUACUGUCCGAAUCUGGUGUACACAUUGCUGUACAAACGCAGCGUCUUCGAGGCCUUUAGGAGUCAUUCGGCUUUUCAGGACAUUAUUCAGAACAUAGAUAUGGUUGUAGGAUUUUUCUCAUCGAGACUGGUACGAGUACAGGAUCAAAGAGGCGAGCUCGGGGUCAAUGAAGUUUUGGAGGUUAUAUCAAAGGGAGCUAGUCAAUGGUCUAGCGAUCGGUUAAGGAAAUUCCCAGACCUUAAGUUUAAAUACGUCGAGGAAGACGCCCCAGAGGAAUUCUUCAUUCCCUACGUGUGGUCGUUGGUAUGCAAAGCGGGCUGUGUUCAUUUUAGUUCAGAGUCGAUCAAGGGUGUAACGACGGACAUCACUUGUUAGCCGGAAUUCCUCACCAACAUGUCUCCACAACCAUACAAACUCUAUGGAAUCUUUCUUCCAUAGCUUUUACUAACUACCUACUACCAGAAAAAAAGUUUAAUUGUUCUUCGAUACAAGAAUGCAGUUUCAGUACCGCGCAAUACAUGCAAGUCAGCAAUGAUAGUGUGAAUAACGCAAUUCAUCAUUGGUCUAAUAGGAAGUGAGACACAGGUAAAUAGUAUUCAAUCAACGAUGGUGUGAACGUUGGCAUGAGUGAUGAACACAAGUGGAAAUGAGGCAAACUGUAUGAAAACUUAUAUAUUGUAGGAAACCAGUAGUUGCAUUCCUUGAAAGAAAUUAGGGGCUCAGUUGAUUAAUUUAUUGAUGUUUGUUUUCCACAAAUAAGCUCAAAAUUGUCAUAAAAACCUGUAAAUAGAACUGUUUUGGUGUCGUAGUACCCUGUCAUUGUUUUACUCUAACUGAUUGAAUUGUAAUUGCAAUAUAUGUUUGUUGACUGGAAAAUUUGAUUCGACUCUGAAUGCAAAUGUAACCUGAGCUAUUAUCAACAAGUAAAACUACUUUUAAUCGUAUUAGGUAUGCAUAUUCAUUGGAAGCAGAUCAGUAGCUAAUCAGCAACGUACAGAUUUAGAAGAGACUAAUAUAUAAAAAUUGAAAAAUCAUAAAUAGUUUUCAGUAUGAGGACCGUAACGUUGAUCGUAGAUUUGUAAAAAAAAAACAAAGUUUCAAAAUUGAGUUACUCGAACGAAAACAAGCGAAAUCAAAUAUACGAGAAAAAAAA